UUAGCCGGUAUCACUUCGUUUCUGAAUUUACAAGAAUGCCUGAGCCAGCGAAAUCCGCGCCCAAGAAGGGCUCCAAGAAAGCUGUCACCAAGACCGCUGGGAAGGGAGGAAAGAAGCGCAGAAAGUCCAGGAAGGAGAGCUACGCUAUCUACGUGUACAAGGUCUUGAAGCAAGUGCAUCCUGAUACUGGCAUUUCAUCAAAGGCCAUGGGCAUCAUGAACUCCUUUGUUAAUGAUAUUUUUGAGCGCAUUGCUGGUGAGUCUUCCCGUCUGGCUCACUACAACAAGCGUUCUACUAUCACUUCAAGGGAGAUUCAAACUGCCGUGCGCCUUCUGUUGCCAGGAGAGCUGGCCAAACACGCAGUGUCUGAGGGCACCAAGGCCGUUACAAAGUAUACCAGCUCAAAGUAAACUGACGUGCAACGAAUCUUAACCCAAAGGCUCUUUUAAGAGCCACC